AUGAUUCCUCUAGAAAGUACAACAGCUAUUUUGCCCAGGAUGCCAACAGGACGGACAAUAUCUGGCGAUUUCCCCUUGACAAUCAUCAAACCUCCAAUUGUUGAUGUCAGAUGUGGAGCAAGUCCAUCGGCGAUUUCCAGUCCUAUCAUCCGUCUUUUGCGAAGUAGAAAUCAAAGAAGGAAUAGCUCAGCAUCGUCUGUACGUAGUAACUGCAGUAGAAGGACCGAAUGCAAGGAAUUCUUGCCGGAGAGAGUUGAGGUUGUUGAAGUAGAAAAUGGUGCACCGCAAAAUAUGCAAAUCAAGUCAGUAUUCCGCGCGCAUAAACAAAGUUGUUGCACUUCGCCUGAUAAUAUUUGCAACUGUCACGCGAUUUCUUCCAGGCGAGGUAGUUUAAUUUCAUCUGCUACAGAAGGCCGUAUAAACUUACAGGACGAACCAUUUGGUAAGGAAAACAAGUUUAUUUUGCUGCCAAAGUACAGCUUAUUGCAUUUGAUCUUACUACCGGUAAUGAUUGAAUUAACAGAUCUCCCAACUAACCGCCAUUCGUUUCUUCAAAUGCCAGUUAUGAGAAUUUAGUCUUUUCACGUUUAUCAGGGUGUUGACUAUCCUACUUCAUUUCUGAGCUGAUUAUCGCAAAUAUAUUGAUACUUGAAGUUUAAGCAGCUCUGUUAACCUGCAACUCCCAUGAUCCCAUUGUUAAUCCUCCCCUCUGCCUGCUUCACAUUGUCUUGUAAAUUGGUUAGAUCAACAUAACUUCUACCUGAUACGUUUUAGGAUUCUCAUCACCUAUUUGCUGGAUGAUGUUUUGAUACUGACAGAAGAAGUUACAUGGUAUCAAGAAUUGAUGGAUAUUAUUGAUUUCAGGUGAUAGUAAAAUCAAUCAGGAUGAAAAAGAACUACUGCCAUUAAGAACAUCAGCUGUAAAAAUCAAAGAAAAUGAAGACAAUCAUGAAAAGCAAAUCAAAGACAAUGAAAACUUUCAACUGAUAGAAAGGAAACUAAAUAACAGUGAUCCUGUGGUAGAUGAGAAAAACAAUGAUACUUGUGACUUUGCUGUAGUGGAGAAUAUUAAACAAGAUGAUAAUGCUGUUGAGAUGGAAAUCAAACAGAUUGAGGAGAGCGUAUGUGAAAAGACAAACAAAAGAAGUAGAAAAAAGUGGAGCAAAUCAAAAUCACCCAGGAAAAGAAAGAACUCAUUAAAAAAAGGUUCAGGAGGGUUUGGAUUAUUUACUAGACUUGCCAACCCAAAUAAACAAAAGAAGCACCCAGGUAUUAUUCAAUAUGUCAUUUAGUGCUUAAACUAGUCUUCAUAGCUUUACCCUGGAAAACUUUGUUGUAGAUCAAGUAAUAUUCAAGAAAUAAGCAGAAACGGUUGUGAGGGUUGAAUAGCUGUCAUAGUAAGUAGUUACUGAGGAAAUUGCAAGUUUGGCUAUGAAAAUCUGAGUUACAAGAUGUUGUCAGCUGCAGGGAUAUUAGUUUCUAGACUGAAUCUGCAGUUGAGCAAUUUUGCCUCUGUUGCAAUGAAUUACCAGGGGGUGAAAUUAAUUUUCUUUUUCUGAUAGCCACUUGGCUCCUAAAUUCCUUAAAGUCGCCAUUUUGAAAGACAAACAAAACCUUUUUUUAUGCUGUCAUCAUUCUAGAAAUUAAGUUCGGGAAAAGAUCUUUAACGUGCUACAAAGUGGACACUAGGAUGGAUGAUAUACAGCAUUCAAGCUCACCUAAAUCCAAGAUGGCGUCUAGUUAUCAAUCGAGAUGCAUGUGCUGCAUUUUGGAAACAAACUUAACGAGGAAGUUUGCUGCGAAUUUGUCUUUGCAAAUCUUUUUAAUUCACUAUAUCUCUAGCUAAGGUUAUGAUGGAACAUUCUAGUCGCCAAUUUGGCGACUAGUUUUCAGGAUUUGGUCACCAAAGUGAAAAAUUUAGUCGCAUUGGUGCCUGUAUUAGGUGCAAUUUCACACACUGAUUAUCCUGAUUUUGUUUUGGUUAAAACUUCUUUCUACAUUUAGUUUCCAACUAAUUAAAUCACUGUUUUAUUUGAGACUUAGGACUGACUUCAGUCAUGUUCUAAAUUACAGGUCUUCAAUUAAAUUCCAGAGAUGAAACAACGAGGACAAAUUCUCACCAAUCAAAAGACAAUUCCACAAAAUACUUAAGCAUACAAAAACUUCAUGCAACUUAUGCACCAAAGAAAGGCAACAAGAGUAAUUCUAGUGAAAAGAACACUGGUGACAGAAUCCUUUUGCCUAAAGUACCCAACACCAAUUUACCUAAUACAUCAAGUUCAAGCACGCUUUCUCCAAAAAAAACAACAACAAGAAUUGGAAAAUACCUCUUUAUUUUCUCCUUUGUCAUCACCACGGAAAUUAUGGAACUCUGA